AUGACCAUCGAAGACGGCGGCCUUCCCGGAGUGGCCGAGAAGCACACGGAUCUCUUUGACUCGCCCUACCUCAGCGAGCACUAUGACCUGCUUCUCGACGAUUACUUCAAGACCAAAGUGCGGGACGUGCCCGUGUACUGGGACCUGUUCAAACAAAUUGAAUCCCCCAACCCGGUGCUUUUAGACAUUGGCACCGGCACCGGGCGCAUUCUGACCGGCUUGAUGUCCGAGGCGGCCAGCGAAAAGGUCGAUGUCAGUGACUGGACGUUCAUCGGGCUCGACAUCUCACAGCACAUGUUGGACCGAGCCAAGCAGAUGACCUCCUUCCCGCCCAGCGGCCCACAGGUCCAUUGGAUUAGAGGGUCGGCGUUGGAACUGGACAGGGUGCCACUUCUGGACGGAGGCAAGACCAAGGCCGCCCUGAUUCUCUUUUCUGCUGGCGCGUUUAGCCAUCUCUACGAGGCCGAGCAACCUGAACAGUUUCUCACACAGAUUGCGAAAGUGAUCGAGCCGAAUCGGGGACGGGCGUGCAUCUCGAUCGGGAACUCGUUCAUGCCCGAUAAGUCCGGCAAGGACGCUGCGCUGCCCCAGAUCGACGGGCCCACGCAGAUCGUGAGCAAGGAGUUCCCGGACAUAAUCUACGAGAAUCGGAUUCUGUCGAAUGAGACCCAGGGAAGCACCUUGACGGAAAACCGCGUGAUUUUGGUGAUGAAGAAGACCGGUGGCCAGGUCAAUGUCAUUGAACGGAAUCAUAUUUCGACGGUAUUGAGGCUUUGGACCAAAGAGGAGUUUACUCAACUGGCGAGUCGCUUGGGGUUCCAGGUGCUCUCUUGUUUGGAGGGCAAUGAGGAGACCUACUUCACCCUGCAGCUUCCACAGUGA